UAUUUUUAUUUAGAUUUUUAUUAAUGAGAAUGUAUAAAAGCUUAAUAUUAUUUUAAAAUGGUUUUUCUUAGUAGAACUUGGUUUGCAAUUAAAGAAUUUAAGCGCCCGCGGAAGUUUCUUCGCAGUAAGUUUAUUGAUACCGUAAGAAUUCACGUUAAAGGAGGUACAGGGGGAACCGGGACUCCAAAAUUUGGUGGCCUCGGCGGACAAGGAGGAUGUGUUUAUUGUGUGGGCAAAGAAAAUGCCAACUUAAGGUCUAUUAUGAAUAAAUUUCGAGGCAAAACUGUUACUGCAGGACACGGCGAAGAUAGUCGCAAAACAAAGAUCGUGGGUACUCCCGGUGCAGACGUAAAACUCGAGGUUCCGCUCGGAGUCACAGUAUACAGAGAAGAUGGUCAAGUCUUAGGGUCGAUUGACAAAGAGGAUGAGAUGCUUAUAGUAGCGCGCGGUGGCCCGGGAGGCAUCAAAGACAACAACUUCCUUGGACACUUUGGUCAAAUGCAUCACAUACGUUUAGACUUAAAACUAAUCGCCGAUAUUGGCCUCGUAGGCUUCCCAAAUGCAGGAAAAAGUUCUUUGCUACGUGCGAUAUCCAGAGCCAAGCCUAGAAUAGCAAAUUAUCCAUUCACUACAAUAAAACCUAAUAAAGGCAUUAUACAAUAUGAAGAUCUGAGACAGAUAUCUAUAGCGGAUCUUCCUGGUCUUAUAGAGGGUGCACACAUUAAUGUUGGUCUGGGGCAUAAGUUUUUGAAACAUGUUGAGAGGACUAAAUUACUUCUAUUCAUAGCUGACAUUCAAGGUUUCAAAUUAAGCCAUAAGUAUCCAUUUAGAUCAUGUUUAGAAACAAUAUUGCUUCUCAACAAAGAGCUAGAGUUAUAUGAUGAAGAGUUGUUAGAUAAGCCUGCAAUAUUAGCUGUUAAUAAGUUGGAUUUGCCAGACACAAAUGAUAAAUUUUUAGAAGUUAAAGAAGCCCUUAAGAAUAUGGAUCAAGUUAUUAAAGACAUCCCAGAAGAAAUCCGACCCAAUAAAGUUAUAAAAUUUGAAGAUAUUAUUGGUAUAUCUGCUUCGAAAGGAGAAUCCAUUGAUGAAUUGAAGCACGUGUUGAGAAAACGGCUAGAUGAGUAUGCAGAGGAAAAUAACCCUGAUAUUAUAGAUGCAAGUACACUGUUGAGAAAGAACAGAGCAAUCAUUAGGGAAAGAGGAUCUCAAGUUACUUAAUAAUAGCAAACUUAUCAUUUAGUUGUAAAUAAAAUGGAUUCAUAAU